AUGACGGACUCGAGAUGGGAUAUCGCCGAUAUAAUGCAGGAGCUGGAUGGUCUAGAUGAUGUGGUCGACGAACAGUCCCUUGCAAGCAGUUUGAUAGACGCCUUCGAGGCCAGCAAUUUCCACGACCCACCCAGAGACUAUCUUCCGCAGACAUGUUUUACACAGCUGGUCACGAAAGAGAGGAUCGUAUCAGAGCUGCGAAAGAUCGAGGAUUUGCCAGACCGAGAAGUCCAGAAGAAGUUCAACCACACGUAUCGCGAAUCACUUGCACGCUGGAUAGGCGGGAAAGCAUCAAGAACUUUCGCCAUAGCGAUUCAAUGCGAGCUAGACCCGUACUAUCUCUUACUGGCCAUGUCACUUUUCAAGGCUCGCCAGUUUCAUGAUGGGAACUUGCCCCUACCUGACCCCCAACAAGCUCCACCACCCACGGACAUCUUUCACAAAAAGGUCUGGACCGGCCAGAAAGUCCAUGACUUCUACAACAAGCAAUGGCAUUUUCUUGUGGCUAUCAAAGAGAUCAAGAUAACACGAGGCGACGACAGGCAGGGUACGGACGAGGCGUGGGAAAGAGAAGCAGGUGCUUUGGCUAAUAUCAACAAGCUGAAGCACCCACAUAUCACCGAAUGUGUCGCAGCUAUACGGAGAGGCGACAGCCGCUACUUUAUGUUCCCGUGGGCGGAUGGCGAUAGCUUACGGGAUUACUGGGUUCAAACACCGAGACAGUUUUCAGGCCCGAGUGGUAGCCUCAUUCAUGAAGCUAUCCGGCAGCUGAGAGGUCUGGCAGAUGCACUUCAUUCUUUGCACUACUGCAACAGUGUCCAUACAGUUAAUGGCUCCUCAAACGGUGCGCAAUCUGAGCGAAUUAGUGUACCCGAGAUGCGCCUCCAUGACGAGCACGACGAGGAAACCCACUUCAUGGAUGAAAGCAAUUCGAAGUCCAUCAGGCACGGUGAUCUGAAGCCCGAAAACAUCCUUCGGUUCGUGGAUCAGCAAACGAUGCUGGGAACACUGAAAUUGGCUGAUAUGGGCCUUGCGAAGCAGCACAUCGUUGUCACUCAAGAUCGGACGCACCUCACCAGCACGAGAUACGGCACUGUUCAAUACGAAGCCCCAGAGGUCGAGGAACUCGACGCGCCAAGAUCGCGUCUCUAUGACGUAUGGUCAAUGGGAUGCAUCACACUGGAGUUCAUCAUCUGGCUCCUAUAUGGUAACGAUGAGCUCAACAAUUUCUACAGCCAACUCAAAGGAGAUGCGCAGAAUCACUGCCAGUAUUUUGAGAGACUACCUGCUGGGGAACCUGGUCGCUCCGAAGUACACAGAGUCGUGCGCAAAUGGAUUGAGGCCAUGGAAGAGACAGACCCGGAGUGUUCUGCUAAUACAGCCACUGCGGAUCUUCUUCACCUAGUCCAAGAGAAACUGCUCGUGGUGUCAUUGCCUCCAAAUCGAGAAAGCUCGACUAGCAGCGGCCGACGCUUCGCACAACCGGGGAUUGGCGAGACCUUUACACGUUAUCGCGCAACGGCUGCUCAAUUCCGUGACUCGCUGGACGAUAUUCUGAGAAAGAUACAAGGUCAGCCAGAGUACUUGUUCACGGGCAAACUCAGAUCAAACGUGAGGCUGCCCGUCAGGAAAACCACCAUGCUGGCUCCCGCGGCUGCUGCCAACAGACACGAAUCGCGGGUAUUCCCACAGAUUGCGCCAACGCAAGGGCCUAUGCUGAGCGGCAUCUUGGGACGUCCUUUAAGAACGGCGGACUACCGGCUACCUCCGCUCAAGAGUUGGGAGUUUUACGUCGACGAAAAGGUACCUGCGGCCUUAUCAGCCCGAGGCGUCGCGGACGAAUUUUCGCCGAAACCGAAGAGCUUCCCCACCAAGCUGUGUGAUCGCUGCAUGAAGCUGGACUUUUGGCAAGGGGGUUUUGCAUUCGAUGAUUCGAUGUCGACACUUGAGGAUCGUUCAGAGUCCUGCGACUUUUGCAAGAUGCUCAACGAAGUGAGCGUCAAGAGCGACGGGUCGAGAAGAAGACGUGUGGGGUUUGAACGAAAGCAAUCAGUGCUAGAAAUUGUUGGAGAGCCAUUUCCAGUGCUGUCGAUAUUCAGAAGCCUUGACUCUCAUCCACCAACUGCAAUCCAGUUAGGCUUCCCUGAUCCACCCCAGCCAGGCACCGAGACUUCAUUCGAGAUCAUGAGAUUGUGGCUCGAGAACUGCAACACCACUGAUUCCCUGAACCUCAAACACCAAGACUGUCACUUCAAGCCUGAAAGCGUUCCUACACGCUUGAUCGAUGUAGGAAGCCUACAAUCUCCAGUCCUUCGACUGGUCGAGACACGCCAGGAGCGGAUCUUGAGCGAGACCUAUAUCGCACUUUCGCAUCCAUGGGGUGACACCAAGAAAUACCCACCAUUCUGCACGUCACUAGCAAAUAUUGAGCGCCAUAAAGUGUGUAUACCGCACGAGCAAUUGCCUGCAACUUUUCGAGAUGCUGUAGAGUGCACGCGAAAGCUGGGGGUACGCUACCUGUGGAUCGAUUCGUUGGCCAUCAUUCAGGGUGAUGGUGGCGACUUCAAUGAAGAGGCCAAGAGAAUGGAGAACGUCUUCAGUGAUGCCUACUGCGUCCUUGCUGCAAGUCGUGCGACCAGCCAGCGCGAUGGUUUCCUCCGUCCAAGGAAACGACGCGACUACGUCACAUUCCAACGUGGGAAUGAGAAGCCAUUUUAUGUCUGCAAAACAAUUGAUAACUUCAAUCAAGACGUAAUCGAAGGCUCGUUGAAUAAACGUGGGUGGGUGCUUCAGGAACGUGCGCUCGCGCGGCGGACGAUUUACUUUACCGAAAACCAGACAUACUUUGAGUGCGGGGACGGUAUCAGGUGUGAGACAAUGACCAAGAUGCACAAUAACAUGGCUGACUUCCUGGGCGACCCUAAGUUCCCCACCAAAGCCAUGAGUGCCACCCGAGCGGGAAAGAUAGCCUACUUUCAAGGCCUUUACAAGCAGUACUCGCGUCUCAACUUCACUCAGUAUGACGAUCGACCAUUCGCCAUAGCUGGUUUAGAGAAACGAUUGCAGAAGGCUUUCGGAACAAGGGGCGACUAUGGCAUUUUCGACGAUGGGGACAAGCACGACGGCGGCCUCUUUCACCGCAGCCUUCUGUGGCAACGUGGUGAAGAAGAAGGAGACCCCUCAGGUUUAACACCAAUCGAAUUUCCGCCCGCCCGAAACGUCAAGGUCCCGAGCUGGUCUUGGAUGGCCUAUAAAGGCGGCAUCGACUUUAUCGAUCCGCCAUUCAACUCCGCGAAUUGGGAAUUUGACGAACUGCAACCGCCGUGGACACGCGGCCGUCCGUACAGCACCAUCCAAUCUGCACCGCCUGAUCGCGAGGUCGCUAUCACAGCCACAGUCCGCAACUUUGACGUGGCAGGGAGGCAACAGUUCGAAGUCAAGAUUGUCUACGACACGGAAAGACGGACGGGAUCUGAUGGGCAGCGAGCACAAUGCGUUACUGUGGCGAAAGGCAAAGAGGGAAGAACCGACAAGGAUAAGAGGUACUACGUGUUGCUUGUCACGCCCAUCCAUGGACUAACUAGCAGGGACUUGAAAGUGUACGAAAGGGUUGGCGUGGGGUUUAUGCUCGGCAAGUUCAUCUCUUUGGAUGGUGAGGGUAUUAAGGCAAAGAUUGUGUGA